GUAUUUAGGUUCCAAAAUUAGUGUUCAUUUGUGAUUAUCUUGAUGAACAAAACAUGUAAGAAUCAUAAACUUUUGUUGUUUAGCUGUAGUUUCAGAGGAGCAGGAGGGAGGAAACAGGAAGCACUGGACGAAUCGUCUGCCGGAGACACUGCUGAACGCUCUCGCUCAAGCAGACAUCAUGGACUGCAGUACAGAGGAAGAGGAGUGUGAUGAAGAUGAAGAUGAUGUGGAGGUGGAUGAAGAGCGUCUGGAGCCUCGAUCAGAUGAUGAAGACACGAACUUUGAGGAGUCCGAGGACGAGCUGCGGGACGAGGUGAGCGACUCCAUGAGGAACCUCCUCACCACACAGGAGCAGGAGCAGGAGCAGGAGCUGGAGGAGCAGACGGCACAGGAAACACAGCAGGAAGUGAACCGCAGAUCAGAGGAAGUGAGGGAGGAAACGCAGCCACCCGCUCAUGAUGAGUCUGGGAAAAACACUGCAGUGAACUGAUCCUGCGUUUUUCUUUCUUUCAU